AUGGCCGAAUUUCAAUCUCUAACGACUCUUAUCAAACGCUUAGAAGCAGCUACUUCUCGACUAGAAGACCUAGCUACUUCUAGUGGUUCAAAUGUUAGUGUGAAUAAUUUUACCUCACCUUCUAGCAAUGUCGUUGCAUCAAAAUCAGAACUUUUACCCGUUCUUGAAGCAUAUGACGAAUUAAUUGAAGGUUCAUUGAAAAAUUUUCUUGAACUCUCUAAAACCAUAGGCGGUCUCGUUCUUGAUCAGAGUCAUUCUGUUGAAGAUGCCUUUGUAGCCCAGCGCGAUUUUAUAUAUAUUUCUACACAAAGCAAAAAACCUGAAGUUUCUAAAACUAUUGAAUUGAUUGGACCGACUCAGCAAGCUCUCAAAAAAGUCUAUGCAUACACAGAAAAUAAUCGUCCAUCUCCUUUUUUCAAUCACCUGUCUACGGUCAGUGAAGGUAUAGGUGCGCUGGGUUGGGUUGCUAUUGAACAAAAACCUGCACCUCACGUUGGUGACCUGAAAGAAAGUUCUCAAUUUUACGCGAAUCGUGUAAUUACAGAAUUUAAGGACAAGUAUGAGAUCAUAAAGCUUCAAAAUUAUGUUAAGAAAUUCCACACCACAGGCCUUGCCUGGAAUCCAAAGGGUGCAGACCCAGAAACAUUUAUUGGUCGAAAGUCUACAGAAUUGAAGAGUGCAUCCUUGCCAUCGUCAACAGGUAUUACAUCUACUUUGAAGAAAGUUGAUAAGAGCCAAAUGACGCACAAAAACCCAGGUUUACGAGCAGGCGGUACGGUUUCCGACGUUGGAGCAACUAAACUUCAAAAGAGAGGGCCUACUGCACCACCAAAACCUGCAUCAUUAUCUCUUAAAAAACCCCCCAGAAAGAUACUCGAGGGUAUUAAAUGGACGAUUGAAAAUUUUGAAAAUGACUCCAUAGUAGUUGAAGAAACUGCCAUUAAUCAUGCCAUAUAUAUAUAUGGUUGUAAAAACUCAACAAUACAAGUUAAAGGAAAAAUUAAUACAAUUACCCUUGUUUCGACUGUUGAUGUCGUAAAUUGCAAAUCUUUUCAACUUCAAAUUCAAGGAAAGACGCCAACUAUUGUAAUUGAUAAAACCGAUAGCGGUCAAAUAUAUUUAUCUGAAGAAUGCCUUGAAGUUGAAAUAUUGACUUCCAAAAGUUCUUCGAUUAAUGUUAAUCUACCAGGAUUAGGCGAAGAUGGAGACUAUGCUGAAAGACCUAUUCCUGAACAGAUAAAAAGUACAAUCGUGGAUGGAAAGAUUAAUUCGGUUCCCAUGGAAUUUUCGGAAUGA